UCCCCGUCCCGCAGGGAGCUGGCGCAGCGUUUCGGGGUGUCGGCGCUGCCGGCCGUGGUGGUGCUGGCGCCCAGCGGCGCGGUGCUGGUGCCCGACGCCGUGCCGGAGAUCCGCGAGCGCGGCCCCCGCUGCUUCCCGGGCUGGCGCCAGGCGGCCGAGCUGCUGGACAGGAACUUCCAGGAGUGCCAGGAGCCGCAGGGGCCCCCGCGCCGCAGCCUCACCGAGCCCCUGCGCCGCCGCAAGUACCGCCUGCCGGACCCCGAGGAGGAGCGGGAG